GGCAUGUUUCGGCUGUGCGGCACUAGAAGGCAAUGCCAAACAAACCCCAACGGUUUUUGGGAUCUCUCGAAUUUCAGCAUGUGUCUCCCCCUGUCCAGAACCGGAGAAUGGAGCUGGGCGAUAAGCCAGGCUCACCACCACUAGCUGGUCGCCGCAGCUCCCCGCGCCUUAGUACUUAGCCUUACUUACUUGCGGUUAAUGAAGAAUUCAAAAAAAAAAAAAAAAAAAACUCUAUAGCCUGAUGCACACUUGUCUAGUCGAUGUCACGGACUCACGGUUGAGUUGAAACUUGACGUUGAACCUCGUUGAACGUUGACGCAAAAGUCUGCUUUGUACCGUGGCAAAAUUGUUAUUGCGCAGCAGCAACGCACCUUAUCUUUCAAGUCCUACAUUUGAAUGGAGGUAUGGACGUCUUUCAUCUCAUCCGCAAAUGCUCCUUUCAAUUUAUGCUUUUUGUCUCUUUAGUCUUAGCCCGUCCGGAUCUGAAUAAUUCUACCGCACCAUACCUUUUCAAUGACCUUUACUCUCUCUUGAUUCACUGGCCGAACACCUUUCAUCCGAAUGGGCAUACAAUUAUUCCUGGUGUAAUCGAGCCAUAUACCUUACUCUAUCAUGCUCGAAAGGAUGCACAAAUUCCUCCGCCAUCUCCAGAAUGGUUAGCCUUCGAUCCUGAAAUGAGCUACGCAGUCAUGGCUACCAAGAUACCGGGACCGACAUACAUGUACACCUACAGGACAACGAAACUUGUAAAGGUACUUUACUUCAAUGGAAUGUCAGCAGCCUGGGGAGAAGGAUGGCUUGAUACUCAGUACAGCGUACUCACUGGUAAAGGGAAGACGAAUGGGUCGAGAAAUAACGAAGUCAGCUUGUGGGAUGAUUAUGGACGUGCAAAAGGACUCUGUCAGUGGGGCAAGCAAAGGGAUAUUGAAGGGAUAGUUCGCAUGAAUGCUGGAUUGUCUGUGCUACUUUUCAUAUCCCUGCCUCGACUUCCCCUGAUCAUUCCUUUAGCGAGAUCAUCUGGUGUGAUUUUGAAUCUUCUUCGCUGAAACUCGUCAGUAGCUUGAACAUUACGCCUCCAGGAACGCCGGAAGCUCGACGUUCCUUCCCAUUUCCCUCUAAUGUCGAUCUGAACAAGCUCCCC